CCGGCCGCGACCGCCGCGCAGCGCCCGCCAUGUGGCACAACGUGGGCCUGACCCUGCUGGUGUUCGCGGCCACGCUGCUCAUCGUCCUGCUGCUGAUGGUGUGCGGUUGGUAUUUUGUAUGGCAUCUAUUUUUGUCAAAAUUCAAGUUCCUACGGGAGUUGGUGGGAGACACAGGAUCCCAGGAAGGAGACCAUGAGCCGGCAGGGUCUGAGGUGGAGGAGGACAACUCGGGGUCUCCGCACAGGAUGAGACCUGCCCGCCAGCGGAGGGCCCUGCAGAGGAAGACCACUGACCCUGCGCCCACCGCACCCUGUCCUGUUGGGGUGUGAGCAAGCCUGUGUCUGCAGAGACAUGGCUUUGGAAUUGAGGAACGUUUGUGAUUGGAUUUAUAUCCAGUUCAAAAACAAAAGAUUUCUAUGUAAGCCAUAUAAAAACAAAGGGAAUUAAAACCAAAUCCGACCAUUGCAAACUUCAUCUUGAAGGUAGUGUCACCUUUGCUGGGUCUCUACUUUGUGCAGUUUAUUUUUGGCUCUUGGGUUAUUAUUUUUUCUUGCACUGAUGUAAGUAUGUAAACAUUUUAGGCUUGAAAAGACAUUUUAUAAGCAUAAAAUGUACCUUCUUCUUGACAUGUUAACUUGUCUGCAAUUCGAAGGCAUCUUAUUACUGUCAACCAGAUGGUAGUCAUGCCGUGAUCCUAGCUUGUGCACAUGUGAAUUUCCAGCUUGUCACAGUGCCAUCACACCUCUACUGAUGUGUACAUUGUUGGUAUCAAGUGUAUCAGGUUUAAUUGGCAUUUAGAAAUUGUCUUUGAAAAGACUAGUCUGUGACUCAGUGUUGAGACUAAGGGUUCCUGCACAUGCAGCGCGCCAUGGCAACAGCAGCAGACCGCGUGUUGGACAUUAGUGGAGCGAAUCUGUCGUCAGAGGAGUGAUCGCAAUUCCCUCUGUUCUUGCAAGACACACGCUUCAUGGGUCCUAAAAAAGAAGCUGCCCACAGUAGAAGAAACUCUGCUGUGUUCUGUCCGUGAAGCUUGUGCAGAACGAUUGCCUGUCGCACGCCAAGGAAUGCACCAGGAGGCAGGAGAAAUUGCCAAAACCCUCAGAAUCCAUGAAACAAAAUGCAAAGCAACAAGAGGCUGUUGAGACUGAUUUAAGGUGGAGCAAGACUGUCAUUAAGACCUCAGACGUUGUUAUUCUGAAGUUUCCUGCUGAGGGGGGACAGCAGCCUUACGGCAGGGAGACUCUCGGCAAAGCGUCCCGAGCUCCUGACCCUGACCCGAGGGCCCUGCAUGGAAAUGCAUCCAGGGACGACCGGUCGGGAGGCGAUCCGGAGGCUGCGUGCUCACGGGACAACGCUGCGGCGAGGACUUAGCAGCUUUCCGCGCUUUCUUCACAUGUGCACGAGAUUGCGGAUAAAGGCCAUUCACAGCACUGACUGAGCAAAUACAAAACACACACUUCCUGUGACAGGGCACGUGCCAUAGCUCAAUGGGUAGUGUGUUCUGUGAGUGAUACAUGGUGCAUCCUAACAGUUGAUGGUCUCUUAGAUUAAAGCAGAAUGGUAGUUUCUAAGUUUUUCUUUUCAAGGUCGUAGUUAUUUAUUGGAGAACUCAGUUCUAAAUCUUGUAAUGUAAAAAUAGUUACCGUUUCUAGAGUACAUUUUUGGGAGUAACCUAUUCAGGAUUGAGAGUGCGAUCAGUCACUCGCGUGUAUGGGAGGACUUCCGUGCUGUCGGCUGUGCUGGGGAGAAAGUACUUCACACGCAGCGGGUGACCAGACCCCGCAGGUACCGCUUACUAGGUAGUUCACACCGGGGGACAAAUAGCCGCUGAGCUGUAUAAAGACUGUGGCCAGAGUGCACGCGUGUCUGAAUGGAACUUUGGAUGUUUACUCCCAAAGAGAGACGUAGAUUAAUGAAGUUUAACGUUGCCUGCUCUGUACAAAAAUGCAAUGCAAAGCCAACUUAUUUUGUCAGUUCAAGUUCUUUAUGUUUUUCACCUUUGGUUCUAAAGAGCUGGCCAUCACUCGUGCUCUGGAGGUGCGGGAGUAUGUUUGAUACCUCAUUCUUCAUGCUAACAGGUUUUGUUUGUUAGUGGUCCCCCGGCUCCCCCCCACACCCACACUGUCUUCCCAAUGAACUCCUCCAUGGCCCGUGGGGCCCUCUGGAAAUACUGAAAGGGAAGUUACAGGACAGAGAGUUUGUUGAUGUGUUUGCUGGGAGAAGAUGCCCAGCAGUUGAGAGUUGGCACAAUCCUGUCUUGCUUUCCUUAUUGGAUAUAGUGUGAUGAUGGGGCAUAAGAACUGGUGACAUCAUUUCUAGCAUUGAACUCAUGUACUGU